CACAGUCGACCCACCCCACUUUCUAUGGCGGCCAUAUUGUGCCGUGUGAGUUGUCAGUCAGCCAGCAGCGUGAAGUAGUGUUUUUACUCAUGUGUUUUUCCAUUUGAGUUUUUUUUCCUCAAUCAAUUUAAUAAGUGGUGUUCGACUCAUCUUUGUCUAUUUAACAAUCCUCCAAAAUGCCUAAAUCGCUUUUGUCGUGGAUGGGUCUCGAUCCUGAUUCUGGCCAAAUGAAUGUGCGUGUGACGACGAUGGACGCGGAACUGGAGUUCGCGAUCCAGCAGAGCACGACCGGCAAACAGCUGUUCGACCAGGUUGUCAAAACCAUCGGACUGCGAGAGGUGUGGUUCUUCGGCCUGCAGUACACCGACUCCAAGGGCGACCUCACCUGGAUCAAACUCUACAAGAAAGUGAUGACACAAGAUGUCAAGAAAGAGAAUCCACUGCAAUUCAAGUUUCGCGCCAAAUUCUACCCCGAAGAUGUCGCUGAUGAACUCAUCCAAGACAUUACGUUAAGGCUGUUCUACCUUCAAGUGAAGAACGCAAUACUCACCGAUGAAAUAUACUGUCCCCCGGAAACAUCUGUAUUACUAGCGUCCUAUGCUGUGCAGGCGAGACAUGGCGACUUCAUGAAAUCCAUCCACAACAGUGGAUUCCUCACAAACGAUAGACUGCUACCUCAACGAGUGAUGGACCAACACAAAAUGUCACGUGACGAGUGGGAGCAGAGCAUCACCACGUGGUGGAACGAGCACAGAGGAAUGCUCAGGGAAGACGCCAUGAUGGAAUAUCUGAAAAUCGCCCAAGAUCUUGAAAUGUACGGUGUCAACUACUUCGAAAUCAGAAACAAGAAAGGCACCGAACUGUGGCUAGGAGUUGAUGCUCUAGGAUUGAAUAUCUAUGAAAAAGAUGAUAAGCUCACUCCGAAAAUCGGGUUCCCCUGGUCGGAAAUUAGGAAUAUUUCCUUCAACGACCGUAAAUUUAUUAUAAAACCAAUCGAUAAGAAGGCGCCCGACUUUGUGUUCUUUGCGCCCAGAGUGAGGAUUAAUAAGCGAAUUCUGGCACUCUGCAUGGGAAACCACGAACUGUACAUGCGCAGACGCAAGCCGGACACCAUUGAUGUGCAGCAGAUGAAGGCGCAAGCCAGGGAGGAGAAACUCGCCAAACAACAACAGAGAGAGAAAUUGCAACUGGAAAUCGCUGCAAGAGAAAAGGCUGAACGAAAACAGCAGGAGUACGAGGAUAGAUUGAAAGCUAUGCAAGACGAGAUGGAGAAACGUCAACAGGAUCUUGCUGAAGCACAGGAUAUGAUCAGACGUUUAGAAGAGCAACUGAGACAGCUACAGGCUGCCAAGGAAGAACUGGAGGCCAGGCAGAACGAGCUGCAGGCCAUGAUGGAGAGGCUCGAAGAGUCCAAGAAUCUGGAAGCCGCUGAGAGGCAGAAGCUAGAAGAUGAAAUCAAACAGAAGCAAGACGAGGUUCAGCGCAUCCAGUCCGAGGUCGACAUGAAAGAUGAGGAAACAAGACGACUUCAGGAGGAAGUGGAAGCAGCGAGACAGAAGCAGGCGGAGGCGAACGCCCUCCUGCAGACGCAGAUCACCCCCCAGCACCACCACGUCGAGGAGAACGAGCAUGAUGAGAACGACGAGCUGGUCAACGGAGACGUGUCACGUGACCUCAUCACCGACGAACACAUUGUCGACCCGGUCGAGGAGAGACGCACUCUCGCCGAGAAGAACGAGCGUCUGCACGAUCAACUCAAGAUGCUGAAGCAAGACUUGGCCCAAUCGCGUGAUGAAACCAAGGAAACAGCCAUGGAUAAGAUCCACAGAGAGAACGUGCGUCAAGGCCGUGACAAAUACAAAACUCUACGGGAAAUUCGCAAAGGCAACACCAAGCGACGAGUUGAUCAGUUCGAAAAUAUGUAAACAUGCAAUUCACGUGAAGUUCUUCUUGUACAAUCCCAUAUUGUGCCACUGCCUUUCACAAGUAGGCUAAACUGUUGGUAAAGGCAGAAACUUUGACUAGUUGAAUUUAGAUACACAUUUGUGUUGGAUAAGCAAUCAUGAUACUUUCAUAGUUUUAAGUGCAAGCCUCAGUGCAAUAGCCUAAAUAUAUGAUUUCGAUCGAAAGGUUUACCCAGUGCCUCCAAAAUGAAAAUCUUUUUCGUAUUCGCAUUCUAUGGGAUUGUUUCAAAUGCAUUGUUUUUCAACAAUAAAACAACUAGCAAUAUUAUUCCAAUGUUUCUGGCAUACUUAUUUGUGAAAUUAACUUUGCAAAGUAUGGUAUGUUGUGAUGGAAUGUAGAAGUGGUGCCCUUAUGCUUCCAAGUCUGGUGGAGAAAAACAUUUUCGUCAUGUGAAAUGUUAUCUCAUAGAAAUAUAAUAUAAUCAAUUAUUAUUAUUAAAACACUGUGCUUGACAAAUCAGGCUUGAAAAAAUGAUAAUAAGGGGGCAUUUAAAUAUUUAUGUUUUCUCCAACAGACUUAUUGGCCUCAGUUGAAUAUAUUGAGACUGCCAUGUGUAGAGGGGAAUAAUAGUUACAAAUUUAUUUUAUUUUAAUAUACACGGUAUAUUUAUAUGUUUAAAAUUCUCAGUCUUAUGUUAUUUGAGAGUGUUUGGUUUCAUAUGAAUAAAUUUUAUGAAUCAGUAUUCAUAUUUUGCAUUUAGAUGGAACAUCAUUAGAUGUAUUAUUUCAAUAGUUGUUGUCUCUGUCUCAUUCACUAUUUUAAAAUAAUUUCUCCAUUUUUGUUCUCGAAACCAUCAUGAUUGAGUGUGGUUUCUACAUUCCUGGGAGACGCGAUGGUUGUGUUUAGUUGUUGGUUGGGUGGGUGGGAUGUAUGUAGAGGGGGGGAGGGGCAAGUUGUUCGUUACGCCCCAACGGAGCUUCCAGCUGUUGAGUCACGUUUAUUGUUACUUUGUAUGGCUCAAACAGUGCUGAUCACUUUACUUUAAGAGUAAUCUAUUAUAUUUAUAUAUAAAUUAGGAUUAAUCAUGAUUCAUUUCAUUUCAGUUCUGAGUACUUCUACUUGGUUCCGUUUGCUUGCUGUAUUAUUGACAGUAUAGCUUUAAACAUAUCUCAAUUGAAAGAAAAAUGUGGCCUUCAACAGUAAGUUAU